AAAUGAAUCAAUAAGAUUAGCUUAUAAAAAUCACAUUGAUAAAAGUGCCAGAUGGAUAUUAAGUUGAGGAUAAAAUAUAUACAAAAAUAAAAAUUCCAAAAACAUUCCUUGAUCAAUAAAAAAUAAAUCAUCCAAAACCUCCUUAAAAAUAAUAGAUUAUUUCUAAACCACCUCCUCCUCCUCCUCCUUAAAUUAAGCCAAUAAUACCUCCUCCAAUUUAACCUAUUAAUCCUCCUAAUCCAAUUCCCCCCCCUUAAAAUUAUUAAAUUCAAUAAGAGUAAGAUAAGUCCUCUUUACAUAUUUGGAAUUCUCUACCAAACCCUCAGCCUCCUUAGUAAGUAAAUUAAAUGCCUCCUUAAACUUAAUGGUUUCCCUAACCUCAACUAUCUUAAAUCUCUUAAUCUACAACUCAAUUAUAAUAGCCGCCAUAACCAUAAAUAUAACCUUAAGAAUAAUAAAAAUAAGAAAAUAAAAGACAAUUAUCUAAACAUUCACUUAUAAUUCCAUCCUGUGCUAAUUGGUUUUAAAUGGAAAGUAUUCAUGAAAUUGAAAAAAAUCAUUUUCCAGAAUUCUUUUCAAAUCAGCAUAUUUCAAAAACACCAGAACUUUAUAAAAAAUAUAGAAAUUUCAUAGUUAACCUUUAUAAAAAUUAGCCCAGCACAUAUUUAACAACAAUUGCUUGCAGAAAAGUCUUAGCUGGGGAUGCUUGCACAAUAUCAAGAAUACAUGGAUUUCUAUAAUAUUGGGGUUUAAUAAAUUAUUCUGUUGAUCCAGAUACAUGUCCAAAUAAAGUGCUACCAUAACAACAAAUGACAAAGGGUCUUUAUAGAACUUUAUAAUUAAAUGCAAAAGAUGAGCUAGAUGAAAAAAUUGAUUUAAACUAAAAUGAGAUUACCUUGAUUAAUGCAAUAAAAAUAUUUUCUAAGAAAUACAGGUAGUAGAUAAUUGUAAAGUUAGGCCUGGAUGCUCUUUUUGUGGAAUCUAAUGUGGGUUAUAAUGGUAUUCUGAAUAAGAGUAGACUCAAAAGGAAAACAUGGAUUUAGAUAAGUUAGAAAAUAUUAAAGAAGCUGAUACUAGAAUAAAAAAUCAAAUAAAAUUAGAUUUAUGCAUUAAGUGUUAUUCUAAUAAUAAUUUUCCUAAUACUUAUACUUCAGAUGAUUUUUAAUUAACUAAUCUUGAGUUAAAAUUUUAAUAGUUACAUGUGUUAUCUGAUUAACCAAGGUCAAUUUUAAAUGAUUAAGAAGUUAGUUAUCUUAUAUCACUAAUUCAAGAGAAUUCUGAUUCCAAUUGGGAAAAAAUUACUCAAUAAUUAAAUUAAACAUUUUCAACUUCUCACACUGUGGAAGAACUGAUUUUACAUUUUCUAUAAUAUCCUAUUGAGUAUUUAAUUGAAAUUGAUAAAAUUAUUGAUUCAAAAGAAUGCUUAGAAAAAUUAUCAAUUAACGAUAUUUCAAAUAGAAUUGCUUUUGAAGAAGUAAGCUUUUAAUUUAAUUUAGCCUAAUAUUUUUAGUGAUCAAAAAAAUCUUGUUAGUUUCCACUUAUCAAUUUUUUAAAAAUUACUUAAUGGAUUAAAUAAAAAAGAUUCAGUUCAGUUUCUAAAAUUAGAUGAUGUGAAACAAUAAAACUACGAAAACGAUAAUUUUAUUGAAGAAGAAAAAAGAGUUAUUUAAAUGAAUUAAGAAACAUUAGAAAGAGCAAAAACUUUAUAAAAAAGAGAAGAAGAUAAAUUAAAUAAUCAUAUUAAUCUUUUGAUAAGUUUAUAGAUGGAAAAAUUGGAGAAUAAACUUACAUUUUUAGAAGAAUAUGAAAAAUUAAUUCUGUACGAAAAACAAUAAUUAGAAAUUUGCCAAGUAAUUUAAGACUCUUAUAAUAGAAAUAAACUUUAGCAGAGCGACUAGUCAUAGUCUAAUAAAAACUUUAAUUUUACUCAGAUAAUAAUUAAUGA